GGCCUUGGCCUAAGAAGCUUCAGAAAUUAGCACGAAGACCUCGACCCCGGGCGAUUCAGGAGAAAUGGGAAGUCCCCUGUGUGUCUCCAUUUUCUUGCUUUUGAGCAUCUUUAUCCAAUCAAGUGCCCAUGGACAAAGCCUUGAACUAGAGCCGUUUGAAAGGAGCACUCGAGCUGCUAGAAAAAAUGAAACGUUGCAGGAGACGAAGACCCGGUUCCUGCUCUUUGAAGGGGCGACUGAUAGGGGCUGUCAGAUUCAGCUCCACCGCGCAGACACGCUCCAGCAGUGCGGCUUCAACGCCUCCCUGCCGCUGGUGAUGAUCAUCCACGGGUGGUCGGUGGACGGCUUGCUGGAAGACUGGAUCUGGCAGAUGGUGGCCGCGCUGAAGUCCCAGCUGGCCCAGCCAGUGAACGUGGCGCUGGCAGACUGGAUCAGCCUGGCCCAAAACCACUACGCCAUCGCCGUCCGCAACACCCGUCUCGUGGGCCAGGAGGUCGCGGCAAUUCUCCGGUGGCUGGAGGAAUCGGCUCCGUUUUCCCGAAGCAACGUUCAUCUCAUCGGGUACAGCCUGGGCGCGCACGUCUCGGGGUUUGCUGGCAGCUACAUCGGCGGGAAGCACAAGAUUGGGAGAAUUACAGGGUUGGACGCUGCCGGCCCUAUGUUUGAAGGAGCUUCCCCCAACGACCGUCUUUCACCAGAUGACGCCAAUUUUGUGGACGCCAUCCACACCUUCACCCGGGAGCACAUGGGCCUGAGUGUGGGCAUCAAGGAGCCCGUCGCACACUAUGACUUCUACCCCAACGGGGGCUCCUUCCAGCCUGGCUGCCACUUCCUAGAUCUCUACAAGCACAUCACCAAGCACGGCCUAAAUGCCUUCACCCAGACCAUAAAAUGCGCCCACGAGCGGUCGGUGCACCUCUUCAUCGACUCCUUGGAGCACCCCAACCUGCAGAGCACGGCCUACCUGUGCAGCGGCAUGGACAGCUUCAGCCAGGGCCUGUGCCUGGACUGCAAGAAGGGCCGCUGCAACACGCUGGGCUACCACAUCCGCCAGGGCGGGCAGAGCAAGAAGAGCAAGCAGCUCUUCCUGGUGACGCGAGCCCAGGCCCCGUUCAAAGUUUAUCAUUAUCAGUUCAAGAUCCAGUUCCUCAACCAAAUUGAGAAGCCAGUGGAACCAACGUUUACCAUGUCACUCCUGGGAACAGAACUCGAAAUACAGAAAAUCCCCAUCACUCUGGGCGAAGGAAUUACUAGUAACAAAACCUAUUCCUUUCUUAUCACCUUGGAUUCGGAUAUUGGUGAGCUGCUCAAAAUCAAAUUCAAGUGGGAAAACAGCGCCGUGUGGGCCAAUGUCUGGAACACGGUCCAGACCAUCAUCCCGUGGGGCAGAGGGCCCCUCUACUCAGGCCUCGUUCUAAAGAACAUCCGAGUCAAAGCAGGAGAGACCCAGAAAAGAAUGGUAUUUUGCUCAGAAAGCAUGGAAGACCUACAACUUCACCCAACCCAGGAGAAAACCUUUGUGAGAUGUGAUGUAAACUCGAAAAAAAUGAAGCGAAAGAACAGAUGAGUUUUAAUGAAGACCCAGUGUAAAGAAUAAAUGAUCUUAUUCCUUAUCUGGUAUGGUUGACUUAUUUGGAAACCAGUUAUAUAAAAGAAUCUUGCAUAAAGUUUAGACUUAAAGGGAGAGUACAUUUCACUAUUAUAAACUAAGCUUUUAAUAACUGUAUUAUGUAACUUUAUUCAAAUAUUAGGGUACCCAAAUAUUUCCCAAUUUUAUCUCUGAUUAAAUGGUAAUAUAUGCAAAUAAGUACAAAUGUAAAACCUAUUUUAGAUCUCUUGUUCUAAUUUAAAAUGUCUUUUCCAAUUAAGUCAAAUUUUCCAUAAUUCUCUGCUAGUUUAUUCUGAUCAGUUUUUGAACCAUGCUGGAAAAGUACUUCUUUAUUACAUAACUGGUGCUUCAAUAAAGGGAAAUAAUCGCCAA